ACACUUCUCAAAUUAACGACCAAGAUUGUCCCAACACAAUGCUUGUUCUGAUUGGAUUACAUUACCAAGAGUGAGUUUUUACUCGUCCACAUCAUCAUGUAUGACAAGUUCCAACAUAGGAGGUUUGAACACAAAGUCCCCAAGAGUUACGGAAUAAGCUGCUAUAUAAACCUCAGUUGACAAUCAAUGUCCGUGCAGUUUAUCAAGGAAGCAUUUCUCAUCAAUUAUUCAGAAGCUAGCAGAUAAUUCUUCACUUGGCUCACUCAAUGGAUUGUGCAUUGAGACGAAGCUCGUCUCUGAUCUCAUCACUGGCAAUGAUUUUGUUCGGUAAGUGUGUUGUUUCUCCAUUCCAUUACCUGAAAGCUGCUUCAGUUUUGAGUAAAAGAAAAGAAAUGGAGAUAAAGAUUCAUCGGCUAAUUUCUCUUGAACCUUUUAAUUUCUUGGCAGGAAGUUUAUUUGCAUUCACUAUUGCAAAAGAGGAGGCCACCAAGUUGGGAACAGUAAUCGGGAUAGACCUUGGAACUACUUAUUCUUGUGUUGGUGUGUACAAAAAUGGUCAUGUUGAGAUCAUAGCCAAUGACCAAGGCAACAGAAUUACGCCUUCGUGGGUGGCAUUCACAGACAGUGAGAGAUUGAUCGGUGAGGCAGCAAAGAACCAGGCAGCUGUCAAUCCUGAGAGAACUAUCUUUGAUGUCAAAAGACUUAUUGGAAGAAAAUUUGAUGACAGAGAGGUUCAGAAGGACAUGAAGCUUGUACCAUACAAGAUUGUUAACAAGGAUGGGAAGCCUUAUGUUCAGGUGAAAAUUAAGGAUGGGGAAACCAAGGUCUUCAGCCCUGAGGAGAUAAGUGCAAUGGUUCUUAUAAAGAUGAAGGAAACAGCGGAAUCAUUUCUUGGAAAGAAAAUAAAGGAUGCUGUUGUAACUGUUCCUGCUUACUUCAAUGAUGCACAAAGGCAAGCUACCAAGGAUGCCGGUACGAUUGCUGGACUGAAUGUUGCUAGAAUAAUCAAUGAACCUACUGCAGCAGCCAUUGCCUAUGGUUUGGACAAAAAGGGUGGUGAAAAGAACAUACUUGUCUUUGACCUUGGUGGUGGAACAUUUGAUGUCAGUAUCUUGACCAUUGAUAAUGGCGUUUUUGAAGUUCUUGCUACUAACGGAGAUACUCAUUUGGGAGGAGAGGAUUUUGAUCAGAGAAUCAUGGAAUACUUCAUUAAAUUGAUCAAGAAGAAGCAUGGAAAGGACAUCAGUAAGGACAACAGAGCUCUUGGGAAGCUAAGGAGAGAAUGUGAGCGAGCCAAGAGAGCACUGAGCAACCAGCAUCAGGUCCGCGUGGAGAUUGAAUCUCUGUUUGAUGGAACAGAUUUCUCAGAAGCACUAACUAGAGCUCGAUUCGAAGAGUUGAAUAACGAUCUGUUCAGGAAGACCAUGGGACCUGUCAAGAAAGCCAUGGAGGACGCUGGACUGCAGAAGCACCAGAUUGAUGAAAUUGUACUUGUUGGUGGAAGCACUAGAAUUCCGAAGGUUCAACAACUUCUCAAGGAAUUUUUUGAUGGAAAGGAACCUAACAAGGGUGUGAACCCAGAUGAAUCUGUCGCUUUUGGUGCUGCUGUACAGGGAAGUAUCUUAAGUGGAGAAGGAGGCGACGAAACCAAAGAUGUACUUCUACUGGAUGUGGCACCGCUUACCCUUGGAAUUGAAACUGUUGGUGGGGUGAUGACCAAGUUAAUUCCUAGAAACACUGUUAUUCCGACCAAAAAAUCUCAGGUUUUCACCACCUACCAGGACCAGCAGACAGCUGUCUCUAUCCAGGUUUUUGAAGGUGAAAGGAGUCUCACAAAGAACUGCAGGAUGCUUGGGAAAUUCGAUUUAUCUGAUAUUGCUCCAGCUCCAAGAGGAACCCCCCAGAUUGAAGUUACGUUCGAGAUUGAUGCCGAUGGUAUAUUAAACGUGAAGGCAGAAGACAAGGCCUCAGGGCGGUCAGAGAAGAUUACAAUUACCAAUGACAAAGGGAGAUUGAGCCAAGAAGAGAUUGAUCGUAUGGUUCAGGAAGCAGAGGACUUUGCCGAGGAAGACAAGAAGAUGAAAGAGAAGAUCGAUGCUAGAAACAGCUUGGAGAACUAUGUUUACAAUAUGAAGAAUCAGAUCAAUGACAAAGACAAGCUUGCUGACAAGUUGGAGUCUGAAGAGAAGGAGAAGAUUGAUUCAGCAGUUAAAGACGCCCUGGACUGGUUGGAAGACAAUCAGAAUGCAGAAAAGGAGGACUUUGCUGAGAAGCUGAAAGAGGUUGAAGCUGUUUGUAACCCAAUAGUUAGUGCUGUCUAUCAAAGGACGGGCGGAGCCCCGGAAAGUGGAUACGAUGCAGAUGAUGACUCGCGCGAUGAGCUCUAAAAUCUUUGGUUGGAGCAGCAAGAGGAUAAGAACUAAUAGCUACACACCAUCGACUACAGGAGCAUUUUUCCUUUUUUGGUUGCCAAGACUAGAGACGGGUGGGGAAAAGGGGGACUGGGACACUGAGCUGGGGAGAGGAUUGCUCACCUGUUUGCUUCCAAUUUCCUAGAUCAUUUUUUUUUUUUGGUAGAAAAGAUUACAUUUAAGCGAGGGUUUCGACAGGGACUUUGGUGAAUUGGCGCUGCCCAGCUCUUC